GAACUUCACAGGUUGAACGUCCACGUGUAACCUCAGCAGCACAUCGGGAACGGCCUCAACAUCUGCUGCGGGGACGCCCAUGAUGUACGAUUUCCCUAAGAACCUUUCACAGCGAAGAUGAUCAUGGCAGACUCGAAGCCCAGCUCUCCGGCUCCCAUAGCCAUCAUUGGAGGCGGCCUAGCUGGCUUGACCCUUUCCAUUGGUCUUUCUCACAACAACAUACCACAUCAAAUAUACGAAUCUGCUGGCGCAUUCGCUGAGAUAGGAGCCGGAAUCGCACUUGGGCCGAACAGUGUCAAGGCUCUCCAACUGCUCGAUCCGGCCAUCAACGACGGUUUCAAGAAAUGUGUCACCUACAACGAUGGCGUGGAAACGGACGAAUUUGGCAGUAGUCUUGGACCGAAAAGUGCGGAGUGGUUGGAUAUGCGGAUUGGAAUGAGAGAUGGAUUCAACGACCUGAUUACAACAGUCACACAUAAAGGCUCCUCAAUACCUGGGAGGGCAUGUUUCCAUCGUGCUAGAUUUCUUGACGAGCUUCUCAAACUCAUACCACCACCUACCGCGCAGUUCGGCAAGGCUUUGAGAUCAAUCAAGCCAGCCGAGGACCAGGAAGAGAACCUUGUUCUCCAUUUCGCCGACAGCACGACCGCCACGGCGUCGGCGGUCAUUGCUUGUGACGGCAUCAAGUCGGUGGUUCGAAGGUCUCUGCUGGAAGAGUAUCCUGGUCACCCAGCCUUGCGUCCACAGUCUACCGGCGAGUUCGCGUACCGGGCCAUGUUCACCAAAGAGCGCUUUGUGUCCUUGACGAAAGGUCGCCUCAGUCCUGGAAAAGGCACCCUAUUCUGUGGUGAUCACGGAUACAUUGUCAUGUACCCGGUGGAAAAGGGCGCGUUUAUGAACAUGGUGGCCAUCAAGCACGAGCCGCGUCCAUCCGAAUCCAACGUCAACCACAGUCAGUAUUUCACGCCCUCCGUGAAGGAGGAGGCCAAUUGGGUCCAACCCGUCACCACGGAGACGGUGAUUGCAGAUUUUGCAAACUGGGGAGAACCCAUCCAGGCACUAUUAUCCGAGAUCCAGCGUCCUGAGCGGUGGGCAUUGUUCGACCAUCUACCAGCCCCGACCUACGUCAAAGGGAAGGUGGUGAUCAUGGGUGAUGCUGCACACGCCUCCACGCCACAUCAAGGUCAGGGUGCAGGUAUGGCAUUCGAGGAUUCAUUUGUACUGAGCGGUGUGCUUGGGAAGGUACUUGGACCUAGUCGAGAGGGGGCUGAGGCCUCCGCCUCUACCGUCAACGCCAAAAUCGAAGCAUGCUUCCGCGCCUAUGAUGCCGUACGCCGGCCUCGUACGCAGAAACUGUGCAAGACGAGCAGGGAAAUGGGCGAAAUGAUUGAAUAUGUCGCGCCAGAAUUUGGGGACGACCUGGCCAAAAUCAAGGACAAUCUGGACCAAAGGAUGGAUUGGAUAUGGGACGUGGACUUGCCGGCCGAGGUUCAGCGGGCUAUCGACAUUGCAAAUGGGAUCCUCCAGGACACCACAAAGUGCCGUUGAUGACGGUGCCAUGGAC